AUGAAAAAGACCAGUUUGUCCUCGCUCGAUUCGCGGACCACCAUCCCGCGGACGCGCGAGCAGUACGAGUAUCUGGCAAAGCUCGUUCUGAUUGGCUCGUUCGGCUCCGGCAAGUCCUCGUUGCUCCACCGGUACGUCUCGCGCGACUGGAGGGCCGUGGCGCAGACCAUCGGCGUGGGGUUUGCGUCCCAGGUGGCCGUUGUGGACGGCAGCACGCGCGUGAAGUUGCAGAUAUGGGACACGGCGGGCCAGGAGCGGUUCCGUGCGCUCACGAGGUCGUACUACCGCGGCGCCAGCGGCGUCGUCGUGGUCUUCGAUCUCAGCUCGCGGCCCAGUUUCGACGCCGUUUCAGAGUUUAUGCAGGACGUGAAAAACAUGACGCCGCCCGACUCGUGCGUGCUGCUCGUCGGGAACAAGAACGACCUGUCCAAGGCGGUUUCCAAGAGCGACAUUGCCGACCUGGUGGACAGCAGCUCUGUGCUGCUGGGACGGCCCGUCCAGUUCGUCGCAACCAGCGCCCUGGACAACUCGAAUGUGGACACUGUGUUUGAGACGGUGGCCGGGUCGCUGGUCACGAAAAUCGAACUCGGCCAGAUCGACCCCGAAGACCCGGCCAGCGGCGUCCAGUACGGCGAUCUCAGCUACGACGCAAUCACGCUCGCGACUCCUACACCCAGAGAGUGCUGCUGA